UCAUUCUCUCAUCCCCUCUCUCUCUCUCUCUAUAUGUGUCUAUUUAUUACACACACAUAUACAUUCGUGCCCCCUUUACCAUUUACUUUUUGGUAAUAUACAGAGGGUGGGAAAUUAAAGGAGAGGGAUGCAUUUAUUAUCCUCUGUUUUUUUGUUUUUUCUGUGCUGGUUCUUGUAUUAAUUUUUUUUUUUUAUGUUUGGUGGGUAUGAACUCUUGAUUUAAUUCAUUUUCUCAUACCCAUUAUACAUUUUUUUCUUUAUAUCCUCAUUUUUAGAAACAAAUUAAAUAAAUACCUGCAGAUUUCAUUGCAGAUUUAUUACUAUUACAAGAAUCAAAUCACUAUUUUUGCACCUAUCUGAUAUUCUUUCGCAGAGUAGAGAAAAUGGCUAUAUCUGAAAACGCGUAAGGAUUUUUUUUUGCAAAAAUAGACAAAAAGGAGAUGGGAUCUUAUCAAUUAAUCAGGGAGAAGAAUGAGGUACCAAGAUUAAGAUGGGAUCCACAACAAGGAGGGGAAAAUAAUGUGGAAAUGCAAGGAGAAGUUAAGAAUUUUUGUUCGCCGAAUAGGAUAAUUGAUUUUAUUACAAAUGGUGGACAAAAGGAGAAUAAUGAUUUGGAAUUGACUGCUUUGAUAUCUCCAAAUUUGACGACAUUGCCCAAAUCAAGUGUCGAUUGUGUUGGCCACCAUUUUCGCACCAGGCCAAAACUUGGUUCCAGUACUACAUCAAGUGGAAGCGGUCGCCUUCUUUCUCUUGACAUUUUUCGCGGUAUCACUGUUGCGUUAAUGAUAUUUGUGGAAUACGCUGGUGGACUUUAUCCUGCUAUCAAUCAUUCACCAUGGAACGGCAUAACCCUCGCAGAUUUUGUCAUGCCAUUUUUCCUCUUUAUUGUUGGAGUGUCACUUGCACUUGCAUACAAGAAUUUGCCCUGCAGACUGACUGCAACUAGAAAAGCAAUGCACCGUGGACUUAAGCUUUUAAUCCUUGGACUCUUUCUUCAAGGUGGCUAUUUUCAUGGUCUCAAAAAUCUAACUUAUGGAGUGGACAUUGAGAAAAUCAGAUGGAUGGGUAUAUUGCAGAGAAUUGGGAUAUCAUUUUUGUUGGCAGCGAUGUGUGAAAUUUGGCUUAAGGGUGAUAAUAAAGUUAAUUCAGGACAAUCUUUGUUGAAGAGAUAUCAUCAACAAUGGGCCAUGGCGAUAAUGGUUACGGCUUUAUACCUUUCUUUGUUCUAUGGUUUAUAUGUUAAUGACUGGGAGUAUCAGAUGCCAAUGGACACAUCCUCUUCCAGAACACAGACAUUCUUGGUGAAAUGUGGUGUACGGGGAGACACUGGGCCGGCAUGUAAUGCUGUUGGAGCGAUUGAUCGAAAAAUAUUGGGUAUUCAGCACUUAUAUACAAGGCCCAUUUAUGGACGAUCAAAAGAAUGCAGUCUCAACUCCCCUGACUACGGUCCCCUUCCUCUAGAUGCUCCAUCAUGGUGUCAAGCCCCUUUUGACCCGGAAGGACUUUUGAGCUCAUUAAUGGCUAUUGUAACUUGCUUCAUCGGUUUGCAUUAUGGGCACAUCAUCAUCCAUUUCAAGGAUCAUAAAGUUAGAAUUCAACAAUGGUUGAUACCAUCCUCUUGUCUUGUACUGUUGGGUUUAACUUGUGACUGCCUCGGGAUGCAUAUGAACAAGGUUUUGUACUCCUUCAGUUAUAUGUGUGUUACUGCUGGUGCCGCUGGCUUUCUCUUCACUGCAGUCUAUAUGAUGGUUGAUGUGUGGGGUUAUAGACACUGGACUACAGUACUGAAAUGGAUGGGAACUAACGCAUUGCUGAUCUACGUUCUUGUAUCGUGCAACAUCCUACCGGUUAUUUUGCAGGGAUUCUAUUGGAGUCGGCCUGACAAUAACGUUCUCACAUUGAUUGGUAUCGGACAUAAGAAGUAGUAGACAAACAAAUUGGCAUGCAGGGGCUUGGCAUUUGUCCACAAUGCUUGAUUAUUUUUUGCGGAAGUGAGCUUUAAAGCAAGUCGAGGCGAAUAUUUCCCUCUUACGCAUGACACUAUCUCUAUGUAAAUUUAUGUAUAUGUAUAUUAGACUAAGAGUGCACAAGCCACACACACGCAUCACAUAUAUCAGUUCGAUUUAUUGACUAAAAACAUGGUUUAAUGAAUGAGAAAUCUGCUCAUAGCAGCAGCAGAGGUAUUACCUCAGGGACAGUGGAGAUAUUGUCUAUGGAAACUCUGAUGUUGUACUCUUAUGCUAAACUGUUAGACUUUGUUAUUUUUCAAGCGUCGAUGCUGGAGACGACAGCUUAGGAAGGCGGAUAGUAUAGCAAUUGCAGUGCAUACUGCAGUUCUACUGUAUGGUUAGUAUAGUAAUGAGAUUGGCUCUCAUUACUAUGCUUCUUGCUGUAUUGAUGGCCAUAAGCAUUUUAAUCCCAAAUUAGUUGGGGUCGGUUA